AGUUUGAUUGUUGAUUGUGUUGUGACCGUGAAAAAUGCAAAUCCAACAAUGUCAGUUGUAUAUAUUUAUCACGUUUUCUUUUCUUACAAUCACCUUCCAAUUCAAUGAUGACCAAUUCAGAUUUCCAAAUCCAGUGUCUUUCCAAAAUCAUCCUCUAUACCAAGACUGGCAUCCACCGAUUCUACCAUCAUAUACGGAAGAUGGUAGAAAUUAUAAAGAUUUUAAUCAUGGUUAUGAAUAUGGUGAAGACGUUGAUUCAAAGUACGAUGAAUAUGAACAAGUUCAUAAAGACUAUGGACCAUCUAGACCAUCAUAUGCGGGCCAGGGUAAAGGGCAUAAUAAUGGGUAUGCACUAAGUGUUGAGGAUUUUGAGCCUAAUAAUCAUGGAAUAGCUAAUAAAGAUCACAGACCAUUUUACGCAGGACGUGGAAGAGAUAAUUGGCAUGAUGUCCACGGUUAUGGAUCGAUUGGAAACAAUUUUCAAUCGAAUGAUAAUCAUUAUGGAUCAGCUUAUGAACUAUCUACAGAUAGCAUGAUACUGGAAGAAUUGCUCAAGAAUGGAUCAUCUACGAGCUCUGUAUCAGGAUACCUGAAAACCCGUGGAAUAUUUUCCGAUAAUGUAUUAUUUGGGGCAGCAACUUCAGCCUACCAGGUCGAAGGUGCGUGGAAUUUAGAUGGUAAAGGACAAAGUAUAUGGGACACUCUUGUUCAUAGAGUACCAUCUCCUAUUAGAAAUAAUGACACUGGAGAUAUUGCCGCCAAUUCAUAUUUUAGAUAUAGAGAAGACGUACGACUUGCUGCAGAGCUUGGUUUAAAAGUGUACAGAUUUUCUAUAUCUUGGUCCAGGGUAUUACCAACUGGUUAUCCUAAUCAAAUUAACUAUAAAGGACUGGAAUAUUACAAAAACCUAGUACGGGAAAUACGUAAAUAUAAUAUGAUUCCAGCUGCUACGAUUUAUCAUUUUGAUCUGCCACAACGUCUCUUUGACGAUGGCCAUCACUGGGUCAACGCCAGUGUAAUACCUCAUUUUGUAGAUUACGCCAGAAUUGUCAUAAAAAAUUUACCAGAAGUUGGAUUUUGGUUCACAAUCAACGAACCUAAACAGAUAUGCCAUUUGGGUUACAAUAGCGACAUUUUUGCUCCUGCUAUAGAAAGUGAUGGAUUAUUAGAAUACCAAUGCUCGUAUAUAGUUCUGAAAGCUCACGCAGCUGUAUAUCAUAUGUAUAAACGAGAAUUUCCCCAUUAUAAAGCAAAAAUGACAAUUAUAAUAGACUGCACUUGGAUUGAACCUUAUUCUAAUUCCAAAGAUGAUGAGGAAGCAGCUGAACGACAGAGACAAUUUGAGUGCGGUCUCUACUACAAUCCAGUAUUCAAAGGUGAUUGGCCGGAAAUAGUAAAAAGAAGGAUCCGUGAUAGAAGUUUGGCUGCAGGAUUUCCUAGAUCAAGGUUACCACAAUUUACUAAAGAAGAAAUCGAAUACAUAAAAGGAACUGCUGACUUCUUAGCUGUGAAUCAUUAUUUUACGCAACUAGCAAGAGAUGUACGUGAAGCCCCGCCAAACGAAACUAGUUACAAUGCUGAUCUUGGAGUAGCUGAUUCGUUUGAUCCUUCAUGGACAGUAGAGUCUAACGGAAUCUUUGUGAGCGUUCCCUUCGGUGUUCGUAAAGUAUUAAAUUGGUUAACAAAACUUUAUGAACCUUACGGAAUUAUGAUAACAGAAAUAGGUAUGUCCGAUAACGGCACUUAUACUGAUGAUUUAGACCGAGUGGAUUUUUAUGGGGACUAUUUUUGUAACAUUCUUGAAGCAGUAGAUGAAGGUGUUAAUCUUAUGGGAAUAAUUUAUUGGAGUUUACUAGACAAUUUUGAAUGGCCUUUUGGAUAUACGGCACACUUUGGACUCUAUCACAUCAAUUAUACUGAUCCUCAGCUUCGAAGACAACCAAAAAAAUCGGCAAGUUUCGUUCGAGAAUUAUCAGGUACCAGAAAGCUCAAAUGCGACAAGCCUAGGAGAAAUUGGCUAUUACCAAUUAGGCUACCAGGAUUUCCAAAAGAUUUUCCACACGAACAUGGUCAUUAUCCUCUCCCUAGUCCACGUCUCAAUUCUGCUAUGGUAGAAUUGAAAAAUCGAUUUUAUUCAAGUACCGGUGAUGUUUAUAGUUCAGAAAUUUCUGUCUCUAAAUAAAUAUUUGAAUAAAUGAAUUAAACGGUU